UCUCGUCGCUGCUUCCUUCCUUCCUUCAGACCUCCAUGAAUCCCUACAGACCUUCAUCCUCUCCUCUGAGUCCUCCUCCAUACUCAGACCUCCAGGAUGUUUCCCAGAAUCCUCCUCCUCUCGUCCAGACGGGUCACAGCUCUCUGGUUCUGGACUCUGCUCCCUGUCGGGUCUCGUUGGACCCUCAUGGAGGUCCGGCCCCGGUCCGGUCUCCUGACUCCGCCCUGCCGGGGUUCAGCCUGAGGUCUCCGGCCCCCGUGGUCAACCCGUACCACCAAGUGUCCGUCCUGGUCCCUGAGGCCGGGCGGCGCUGCUCUGAGGACCUGGACCUGGAGUGUUCCGUCUGCUUCAGCCGCUUCAACAACGUGUUCCGCUGCCCGAAGGUGCUGCAGUGCCGCCACACCUUCUGCCUGGAGUGUCUGGCCCGCAUCAACGUGAAGGCGUCCGAGCCCAGCGCCAUCCAGUGCCCGCUGUGCCGCAGCUUCACGCCGCUGCCCGCCCUCGGCCUGCCCAAGCUGGACACCGACGCCCACGUGUUGUCCUGCCUGCCGGCCGCCAUGCAGAGAGUCUACAGCAUCCGCUUCAGCCGCAACAAGGGCAAGCUGCAGGUCAAAAGGCCGUCUGACACUCAGCAGCGUUGGACUCGCAGGUCUCUGGCGUCGCUCCGCUCGGUGGACCGCUCUCUGGACGUGGGGCUUCCCAGUCCUCCUGCAGGGGGCGACGGCGAGGUGGGCGGAGCUCUGUUGAGGCUGACGGAGCGGCCGGCGUGCCGAGCCUUGCUCCUGAUGUCGGUGGUGAUGAUGCUGGUCAUGCUGACGGGCAUCAUCAUCUUCCUCAUCUUCAGGAUGGACAUGGAAUAA